AUGAUGUUGCGUCGAGUAGAGAAAGCUCUGCAGAUGGAUGAUAGUGCCCAUUGUUCGCUUCUAAUCCAGGGCCAUUGGGAUCAGCUUGUGCAUUGGCUAGAACCAUGUCCCGCUCCUCUUCUUCACUGGCUUUAUGGCUCUGGCUUCAUCACUCGGUCAGAGUAUUACUCCCUGUUGGAGGUGAGACCCAAGAAGAACCAGGUCACAUUCAUUCUGGAGAGGGUCAACCAGGAGCCAGGCGCAAGCCAAAUAUUACUGGAGAAGCUGAAGGAACUGCAAGAGAUCUACAGCCCUGAACUCCAGCACUGGCUGCAAGAGACGGUGUUCAAGCGGAGCGACACAGAACUUUUUAUCAUUUCACCAGAUCCUCCCCUUAAAACUUCCAGCAGGAAUUGGCUGAUGUUUUGGCAAAACAGAAAAUAUAAAUUGCCACGGAUAUCUGCAGAUAUGCAAAAGAACAACAGCUCAGCUUUCCGGAGGGGUUUGGACCGCCAACUCAAAGCGGCCCUGCAAAACCACCGUCGCUUGUUGCUGACCCAGACGGAGAAUCUGCGCACUACUAUGGAAGAUACCGAGCCAUGCAAAUGUCCUGAAGCCUACUAUCCUGACCUCCUGCUACUCAAUAGGCCCUAUUACAGCCCCACAAGCCAUGAUUACUUGCAGCUGGCUUCUCAUCAGACCUGGCUUCGUUCCUACCACGCAUCUUCCCAUCUGGACCUGUGUCAACUUUUCACUCCUUUUCCCCGGGAGAGCGCCCUGCCUCAUCGGGUGAUGCUGUGCGGCCCUGCCGGUAUUGGCAAGACUGUCAUUGUCCAGAAGAUCCUCCAUUAUUGGGCGCUAGGCAGAGCCUUCCAAGGCUUUCUUUGCGUCCUGGAUUUUUCCCUCCAGGAGCUCAGCCUCGUCACCGGAACCCAGAAUUUGGAAGAGUUGAUUUGCCAUAAGUUCCCGCAUCUGAGCAAAGUUCUUUUUGCUUUGCUGGAGCGACCGAAGGAGAUCCUCCUGAUUUUGGAUGGACUGGAUGAGUUCAGGCACCCCCUGGGCAGCAAACAUCCCUGCCUGUGGCCGGAUGAGGCAGGCCACGUGAAAGAUCUGGUGUGCGGUCUCCUGAAUGGGACCUUGCUUCCAGAGGCCACCAUUCUGGCCACAUCCAAGUCUUCUGUCCCUCUUCGGCCAGAACUUUUUAACCGCCAUGUUCUUAUCCUCGGUUUACAAGAGGCACAAGUGAAGGACUACAUCUCCCAAUUCUUCCAGACCUCCGGACAUGGCACGGAAGUCAUGAGCUACCUCUCAACUCAACAUGGCUUAACCAACCUCACCUUCAUUCCGCUCUACUGCUUCAUUCUCUGUACGGCUCUGGACCGAUACUUCUCCGAAGAAGGGUUCAAUCGAGCCUCCCCACCCAGCACCGUCACGGAGCUCUAUCUGCUUUAUGUGCGCACCAUCCUGAAGUUACACCAGCCUCCUUCUGGACAAGGAGAAGCAAUGCCACGGGAUCUGAGGAGGGAGAAAGAUUUGCUACUGCAGCUUGGUCACCUGGCCUACAUUGGCCUGCUAAAGGGACAGACCAUGUUCUAUGCAGAUGAACUGCGGGAGUUGGGUUUUGAUCCACGGGACCUGCCACCUGUUUAUCUCAGUCAGAUCUUCUUCAAGGAGAGCAGUGAAAUCUACAGUUUUUUCCACUUGACGGUACAGGAGUUUUUGGCCGCUUUAUACUCAGUGGUUAACUUGGACUUCAAUGCUGGGGAAUUAACUGACUGCCUGGAUCUCUGGUGGAAUGGAAAAACUCCAGAAGAUCGAGAUGCCGCUGGCUUUCUCUCCCCAGCAGAGGGAUUCGCUGGUGGAUUUUACGACUAUACCUGGCAAUCUCUGAACAGAUCCCCACAGUGGGACAAACUGCAAAUGUUUUCCAGGUUUUUCAUGGGGUUGUUAACCUCUAGACUGGAAGGCAAGUUGGAAGGGCUGCUUGGGAGCAGUCGGGAAGGAGACCCAGCCGUGCUUUUGGCAGGCUGGUUCAGGAAAAAGGCUUUGUGUGAAUCAGGUCAGAGGUUGCUGCCCUUGUUACACUGCUUAGCGGAGUUGCACCAGGAUGACGUGACUUGGGAGGUCAUUUCCCAGAUGGGCGAGGUAGACCUGUCCAAGGUGACACUGAACCCAGCAGAUUGCGCAGCCCUGGCGUAUGCCCUGAGUUGUUCAAAGUCUCAGGUUCUCCAGAAUCUCAACUUAAGUUACAGCAAUAUGGGCACUGGAGGACUGAAGCAGCUGCAGAGCCAUCUCCAUCGCUGCAAAACUUUGCAAUUGCAGUACAAUUCUCUAGACUGGGAAGCAGCUGAAAUCGAAGCCAUGAUUCUGAGGUCCCCGCAGUGCUGUCUGGAAAAACUGGUGCUUUGCGGGAACCAUCUGAGAUCCAACGCGGCAAGUUUCUUAUGGAAUGCCCUUCGUGACAACACCACCCUAGAAGAGCUUCAUUUGGACUUUACGGACAUUACGGACCGAGGCCUCGAUAACAUUUUGGAUUGUCUAUCAGGAAAUAUGACUCUCCGGCUCCUCAGCCUUACAGGGAACAGAUUUAGCCAAGCAGGCCAAGAUAUCCUCUCGGAAUUACGUCGCAGAAAACCCAAACUUAAGAUUGUCAGCUGUUUCCGGUCCGAUGUGGCGUUGCUCCAGAAUUAUCUGGAUUGGGUGGAUGAGAUUACAAUUGAGCAAAUGGAAUCAGUCAACCAUGCUGGAGCCCUGGACGCGAUUCUGGAAACCUUGAUGGACACAGAUGAGCCAGAAAUUAGCCAGGAAGCUCAGGAAAAAGCCGGAGAGCUAAAGAAAAAGAUCUUUGCUAUCCUGAAAGAGGAGAAAAAAGAAGGAAAGGGCAACAAAUCUUACUUAAUCUGAUCUGUGAAGCGGGAUGUUUUUUCUGGGCCCAAGGGGGCCAUCUCAUAAAAUUUCUCACCUCUUUAUUUGAGCCCAUCCAUGCUUUUAA